AUGGUCUUCGCCGUAAACGUAUCAGCAUCGUCACCUUUGUUUCACCUAACCAAAUCAGAUACAUCAUGUUCUUCUUCUUCAUCACUCUCCUUUGUAUUCCUCCCUUCACGAUCUCUCAAACCCCGUCAGAUUUUCUUCACCAAUCACCAAUCUUUCUCCUCCAUCACAAAAACCCAUCACAGAUCGCCAAUUAGCAUCAAAGCUUGUUCAAAAUUUUCAGAUGAUUCCGCAAUCCAAACCAAUUUCACUCGUCACCUCAAGACAGUUGCUGCCACCGCUGUCAUCAUCGCCGUUGCGAUGACCGGAAAAUUCCGCAUUCUUCCCGCCAGAGCUGAUAAUCUCCCUACGGUGCUGACGACGGAGGAAAAUAAUGGGGAUUCAUCUCUGUCGUCCAUAUCGAAGGUUCUGGAAUCGAACCCAGAUGCCGUUGAGGUAUUGAAAUCUUUGGUGAAACAGAAACUGGAGGCAGGGGAGGACGAGGAAUCACUUAGGAUCUUGAAGAAACUCGUCUCCGCUGAGCCAGAGAAGACGGAAUGGAAGUUUCUUAUGGCGAGACUUCUAAACGAGAUGGGUGAUGUACCAGGUGCACGCCAAGUGUUUGAGGAAAUUCUUAAGGUAAAUCCUUUAUCCUUUGAAGCUCUCUUUGAGAAUGCCCUGUUGAUGGACCGAUUAGGAGAAGGAGAUGCUGUUUUAAGAAGGCUGGAGGAGGCAUUGAAUAUUGCAGAGGUUGAGAAGAAACAGAAAGAAGCUAGGGAUGUUAGGUUUAUAAUGGCACAGGUACAUUUCCUGCAGAAAAAUGUGGAUAAGGCAUUGAAGAGCUAUGAUGAUCUAUCCAUGGAGGAUCCAAAGGAUUUUCGACCUUAUUUCUGCAAAGGGAUGAUCUUUAGUUUGCUAGAUAAGAACAAAGAGGCAAGAGAGGAGUUUGCAAAGUACAAAAAGCUUUCUCCCAUGAAAUUUGAGGUCGAGGGUUACUUGCGAUCUCCAUUGUCCAAGAUGAAGCUUUUCGGCACUGGUGAAGAUAACUGAGAUUGAACCAGACCAAACCAGAUCAUCCAUUGGCUUUUUGACCAUUUCUUCCUGGUAUGUAUUUCUUGAUAGAUUAUCUCUAUAGUUAUUUAAAUAUUGAGUCAAUAACCUUCUUAUAGAGAUUAAGCAGAAAUGUUGGAUCUUUGAUUUGAUAUAAUUAGGUAAUACAAAUAUCAUUUAUGAUUUAUUAUUGA